AUGUCGUACGAGCAUCAGAAAAUCCAUCCAGUGAGCGAUCCGGAAGCUCCACCACCUCUGACGCAUCCAACGGCUCCUCUUGUUUCACGUGGCGCCUCAAUAUCGGAACACGGUGACCCAACCAAAAAAUCUGUGACGCAAUCACCACGGUUGGAUUCUCCUCAAAGGAAGAAGAAAGGAAGGAGAAGCUGUUGGUGUAGGUGUGUGUGUUACACGCUCCUCGUCCUCUUUCUCCUUAUUGUCGUCGUAGGAGCGGCUGUUGGUAUACUCUACCUUGUCUUUAGACCCAAGUUACCGGAUUACAAUAUCGACCGGUUACAGCUCACCCGGUAUACACUCAAUAAGCAAGAUUCGAGUUUGUCCACUGCGUUUAACGUCACAAUUACAGCCAAAAAUCCUAACGAGAAGAUCGGAAUUUACUAUGAAGACGGAAGCAAAAUUAGCGUCUUGUACAUGCAAACCAAACUUAGCAAUGGGUCGUUGCCGAAAUUCUACCAAGGACGUGAGAAUACAACCAUUAUAUUCGUAGAAAUGACUGGUUAUACUCAAAAUGCAACGAGUUUAAUGGAGACAUUGCUAGAGCAGCAACAAUUAACUGGAAGCAUACCAUUGCGGAUUAGAGUAACCCAACCGGUUCGGAUCAAGCUUGGGAAAUUAAAGCUGCCCGAAGUAAAAUUCUCGGUGAGGUGUGGUGUAUUCAUUGAUAGCUUGGCUGCUAACAGUGUUAUUAGGGUUAGAAAUAGUAACUGCAAAUUCAGGUUUAGAUUUUAA